CUUCGCCACAAGGGAUAACGCCACCAAGCCCUUCCCCACAAGAGAUAACACCAAGGCCUUCUCCAGAAAUAAGGCGUAAAACUCCAAGAAGUUUGGUACCAAUUAUAGCGGGAGUUAUAGGCAGUGUCCUUCUUAUCAUUUUUUUUGUAGUGAUUUUUAUUUUGAGGGCAAGAUGGCGUGGGAAGUCUGAACAAGAUCCACAGGAUGUGGAAGAUGAUCAUAUAAAGCAUGUUCCAGGAAUGCCUGUCAGGUUCUCAUACCAAGAACUAUACGUUGCAACUGAUAAUUUCAACGAGAGACUUGGAAGAGGAGGCUUCGGGUCUGUAUUCAAAGGAAAAUUGGGAGAUGGAACACAAAUUGCUGUGAAGAGGUUGGAGAAACGAGGCCAAGGAAUGAGUGCUUUUUUAGCAGAAGCCGAGGCAAUUGGAAGUCUGCACCAUUUUAACUUGGUGAGGUUGAUUGGAUUUUGCGCAGAGAAAUCCUCUAGGCUUUUGGUUUUUGAGUAUUUGAGCAACGGAUCGUUGGAUAAUUGGAUUUUUACGAAUGUAAAAAAAAAUUUCCUUGAUUGGCAGACCAGGAAGAAGAUUAUACUCGACAUAGCAAAAGGGCUGGCUUAUCUUCACGAAGACUGUCGACAUACCAUAAUACAUCUUGAUGUAAAACCACAGAACAUUCUUUUGGAUUCAAGUUUCCAUGCCAAAAUCGCUGAUUUUGGGUUAUCCAAGCUAAUCAAUAGAGAUAUGAGCCAGGUUCAAAUCUCAAUGAGAGGAACACCGGGAUAUCUUGCUCCAGAAUGGCGUCAACCAUUAGGUCGUAUUACAGUAAAAGUUGACAUAUAUAGCUUCGGAAUUGUCCUCCUUGAAAUAGUUUGUGCACGCAGAAAUGCAGACCAAUCACAACCAGAAUCUGCCUUUCAUUUGCUUACAAUGUUGCAGAAGAAAGCUGAUCAUCAAGAUGGAGUAAUAGACAUUGUGGAAAAUUUGGAUGAAUACACGCGGAGUGAUAGAGAGGAAAUAACGAGGAUGAUAAAGGUUGCUGCUUGGUGUUUGCAAGAUGACCCAGAAAGAAGACCUCUCAUGUCAACAGUUUUAAAAGUGCUGGAAGGUGUUAUGGAGGUAGAUUCAAACAUUAAUUAUCGGUUUUCGCAUGCAAUGAUAUCUUCUCCAGCUGGUAACAACCAUAUUUCUUCAGCAGCACCUCCAGCAUCUGUUCUUUCCAAUCCUAGAUGAUGUAGUUGUAAGACUCUCUCUUCUGGCAGAAGUAAAAUCUAUCAUGCUUCUUAUCACUUCUGCUACUUUUCCAUGCUAUUGUAUGCUAACCACAGCUUUUUUAGCACUUGUCUAGCAAUGUAUUGACAUGUCUCAAGUAGUUUGCCGGUGUACUGGAGUAUAGUCUUCAGAAUUUUCAACGUUUGAUUAUUCAAAGUCGUUGGCUCUUGACUAGGCACUAGGAGAGUUUUUCAGAUGUGUGUGGAUGGAAUGUAUCCUGUAGAAAAUUUGAGAUGGGUUUCACCUGCCUUUCAUUUUUUUGGAAAAAAAGGGGCCUUUGUUUUUUUUAA